UAUACAUCACAGUGUACAAUGAACAGUUCAGAUCUCCAGGCACAGUGAAAAGAGCACAACUUCGACCGACCUCUGCCCACCGUAGGAACAACCCUCAGCCCCGGGCGGACUUUCUGUUUCCCAGGAGCCUUCAGUCAAACAAUAGGUCAACCCAUGCACUUCUUCAUCCCUUGCCCCCCGUGGACUUCGGCCGCCCUCUUUUCCCCCCUGUCAGACAUUUUUCAUUUCACGGUCCUGUUACAACUUGUUCUGACAGCUAUCUAAAUACAACCGACAAAACACAAAACAUGCCCCCUGUCAACCCAUCAACAGUACAAGCCAUGCCCUCUGCUGAUAAACUGCAGAAACUACAACUGACUGAGCCUUCCCCGAGCACUGACAUCCACCUCAGCACUGCUUUGAAGAGCCCACAAAGCAGACUGGGUUAUCAAAAGCAUGUCCAUCCACAUUCAACACAGCAGCUCAGGCAAAAUACAGCUGCUCCGCUUCAAACAAGAGCCCAAACUCCUGCAGCUCCUUGCAGCUUUGUACGGACAAAAUACCAGAGGUGCUGUUCUAACAGCAGCCGGGAUAACAGCAGUGGUUGCUACAGCUGUUUCCAUGUGGUGAAGCCCUACCAAGCUGGACACUACAUCAUACACCCAGAGUUUGUGUCUGAAAGCCUUUAUUAGGAUUAUUAGAGCUCUGGUUUCCAAGAUGGUAAUUUGGGGACCCGAAGAGGUCCACGGAGAGCCUGAGGCUACUCUCCAGCAAUUGUUAACUUUUCCUUAAUUCUCUGUUAAUUAACCCAGUGAGACAAGGUGUAAGAGUGAAUCAUGUAGAGUGUACAAGCACAGCUGUUAUCUCAUUGUGUCAUGCAAGGAAACUUUUGCAGUUAAGCACUCAAUUGGUACCAAAGAUCUUCUCAUGAGAUGAUUUUGACGAUCAAAUGAGGCUCUGAGGCCCUAAUGUGCUGUACGUGAGUUUUUGAAAUUUGAAUCUUCUGAGGAAAACGUGUGUCAAUCUUUAAAAGGGAAUCAAUACAAUGAUACAGUAUGAUGUCGUCUUCAACUACCAGAGCAAAUGCAGUGAAAGUGCGUCACUGUCGAUACAAAUAAAGGAAGCAUUUCCCUCACUUUGUUAAGGAUCUAUUCCUCACUUCUGUAUACACUGCACUUUUUUGGUGACUUUUAGGUUCAUCGGGUUCUUUGUGAAGUAUUGCGUAAUUUGCUCAUGUCUAUGCAUGCAACACUAUCACGUGCGCAGCAGAAUGAGAAAACACAGAGCGCUGCUUUUCUGCUGAACUACAUUUCCCAGCCGUUUAUGGACGUGUGCAGGGCGGAGACCCAGCAGCACGCUUUGAUUCCUUUCACGGGCUGUUUGUGUGAACAGAAGCAAACAAGUUGUACUUUGAGUCGACGGGGGGACUGCUGCUGAUCGACUGGUAUAUCGUCAUGGCAGGAAGAAAAACAGAUGUGAGAACCUUCCAAGUGUCAAACAGAAGAGGUUUCCUGUAAAACAUAUUGAUGAUCUGUGGAAAAGCUACUUUUGGAUUUGCACACUGAACAGCACAAACAUGUACCAAGUGGUGCCAGGUGGAGCGGGGGGCACAAUUACAGAUGUUAUCCCCAAGCAGAAACUCAGCAAGGACACUCGACCCUUAGUUGGAGCUGGAGUAAUCGGGUUAGUGCUGGUGAUUGCAGCUGUGACUGCGUGGUGUUACUACAUAGCCUCUUUGCGCAAAGCAGAACUGCUUAAGACUGAGCUGCUGGAUCUGAAUAAAGAUGGCUACAUCAUCCGAAACCAGGGAGGGUCUAUCGUUUUCAGAAUGGAUUUCAGGUCAGGAACCCUUGAUUUAGAUUCCUGCUCUAAAGAAGGUGAGAUUCUGAGCUGCGUCCGCACCACAGACAGAAAACUGAUUUUUUUCAUUGAGACAGUACGGCCCAAGGAUACUGUCCAAUGCUACCGUGUGCGCUGGGAGGAAGUGGUUCCUGACAUUCCCGUAGAGCAUGCAAUGACAUACAAGUUUGCACACUGGUAUGGAGGCGCAGUGUCAGCAGUUCAGCACUGGCCUAUUUCUAUUUCUGGCCAACAGGCUCCAAAACCAUUUGUUACUAGUGACAUCUACUCGAAUCGUGAUGAGUUCGGUGGAAUUUUAGAGAGUUACUGGCUUUCAUCUAAUGCCACUGCCAUCAAGAUCAAUAACUCUGUGCCCUUCCAUUUGGGUUGGAAUGACACAGAGAAGACCAUGUACUUCCAAGCACGGUAUAAUGAUAGUUCCUUUAAGCCAAACCCAGGGGAGAUGCCAUGUGCGGAACUUAGCUACAGAGUUUGUGUGGGAUCGGAUGUAACAUCCAUACACAAGUACAUGGUCCGCAGAUACUUCAACAAGCCAAACAAAGUGCCUGCCGAAGUUAUGUUUCGCCAUCCCAGUUGGUCAACAUGGGCAUUACAUAAAACUGACAUUGACCAAGAAAAGCUUUUGACAUAUGCUGCGAACAUUCGCAAGUAUAACUUCAAUUGUAGCCAAAUAGAACUAGAUGAUGGCUAUUCCCGCCACUAUGGGGACUUUGAGUUUGACCCAGUUAAGUUCCCCAAUGCCUCUGCUAUGUUUCAUAAGCUGAAAUCAGAUGAUUUUAUGGUGUCUCUCUGGAUUCACCCUUUUGUUAAUCAUGAUUCAGAAAACUUCCAUACCUGUGUAGAGAGGGGAUUGUUUGUCCGAGAGCCUACAGGUCAACUGUCAGCCUUAGUGCGUUGGUGGAAUGGGAUUGGUGGCAUCUUGGAUUUCACAAACCCUGAAACCCGUGAUUGGUUUGCCUCCCAGUUACGUUCACUGCGAUCCAGGUAUGGGGUGUCCUCUUUUAAAUUUGAGGCAGGAGAGGCUAACUACUUACCAUGGAAAUUUAAGACUUUGGAAUCCAUUCGAGACCCGAGUAUUUUCACAAGACGUUACACAGAAAUGGCAAGCCUGUACAAUGACAGAGCUGAGGCGCGCAGUGGUUACCAGUCCCAGAACAUAUCCUGCUUUUUCAGACCAAUUGACAGAGACUCAGUUUGGGGCUAUGAGUUGGGUCUCAAAUCUGUUAUUCCUGCAGUGCUCACCAUCAGCAUUCUGGGCUACCAGUUCAUUUUACCAGAUAUGAUUGGAGGGAACGCGUAUGUGAACCGCACGUAUGGAAAUCGUGGAUUACCUGACCGAGAACUUUAUAUCCGCUGGUUGGAGCUAUCAGCCUUCAUGCCCUCUAUGCAGUUUUCUAUUCCACCGUGGGAGUACGGCGAUGAUGUAGUUGAAAUUGCUCGGAAAUACACUGCCCUCCAUGAAAGUCUUGUGGCACCAAGGGUCCUGGAGCUGGCCAGCGAGGUGCUGAGCACUGGGGACCCAAUCAUACGUCCAGUGUGGUGGAUUGCCACAGGUGAUGAGACAGCCUAUAAAAUUGACUCCCAGUUCCUGAUUGGGGAUGACCUCAUGGUAGCCCCAGUUUUAGAGCCUGGAAAGCAAGAGAGAGACAUCUACCUCCCAGCUGGCCAUUGGAGAAGCUACAAGGGGGAGAGAUUUGAUAUCAAGGAACCACUGCACCUCACAGACUAUCCUGUAGACCUGGAUGAAAUUGCCUAUUUUCUUUGGGUGUAGCAGCAGGUAAAUAACAGUCUUGAUUAUUUUAUGCUCCAAUUUGCUUGUGGGACAAGCUUCACAAGUCCUCUUUUAUCGAUGGAUGGGUGGAUGGAUGUUAUAUGGACAGAUUUGUGGGGGAAAAAUGUUUUUUUUUUUUUUAAUAGGAAUUAAAAUUUUAA